AUGAAAGAAAAAAUGAUGAAAGAAACGUGUUAUUCAUAUUCUUGGGACUUAGUCUCUAGUGUUUAUCUUCAAAGAUAUCCAACAACCCCACUUUUUCCAAUGCUUUUAAACCAUGAAAUUAGUCUUAUUAGAUGGAAAGUAGAAGAUGGUUUAUUUUAUUGUGAAAAAAGAUCAACUAUGUUCGUUCCUGUUCCUAAAGUUUUACAAAAGGUUUCUAAAGUUGACCAUUGUUAUAUUUAUCAGAAUUUAGUUAUUGAUAUUCCUCACCAAAUUAUGAAAGAAUCUUCAUGGAAUAGAGUAGAUGCUAAAACAUAUCAUAUGUUAGAAAAUGCAGUUUGGAGUGGUGAUGAAAAUGGACAUACCCAAUUUAGUGUAGACUCAAUAAUUACUAUUUCACCUAAAAUUCCAAAACCUGUUGCAAAACCUGUAUUAAAAAGAGUUGUUAAAGAGUUUAAUAAUGGGUAUGACCUGGCACGAAAAGUUGACAAGAUGAUGAUUGAAGAUUUUGAAGAUAAGAUUACAUCACUUGUUAAAUCAAUUAGAGAAUUUUGUGAUCGACAAAUGGAACACCAAAACCUUUUUGUUGAUUUAGACUUUAGUACAUCUUUUGAAUAUUGCUUUGAAUUACCAGAACUCACUGGAAAGUAUAUUUAA